AGCACUGCGUGGUGGACAUGCGCGGAGCUGCAGCGAACAUGGCGGCUCGCAUCCGAUAGAAAGUGAGGAAUCUCCCAUCAAAACACCCGGUCCAAACGUCUCUGUGCAGGAAACGUUGUGUCUGACUCCAGGUCCUUUGCCGCCUGCUUGGCUUCGGUCACCAUGGGCCGAACUCCACACAGAGAUCAAAAAGAGGAGAAAGAGAGACAAAGCAGCAUCCCAGCAGGAGCUCCCCUCGACAAAUCGAAUGAACCGUUCAGGUGGGAAGAUUAUCUGAGAGAAACAUCCUCCACUGCAGCUUCGCCUACUUCCUUCAAACAGUCCAGAGUCCCCCCCUCCAAUGACUUUAAAGCAGGAAUGAAACUCGAGGCGCGGGACCCUCGCAACUCAAACUCUGUGUGCAUUGCGACGGUGAUGGGCAUGAUGGGUACUCGUCUGCGCUUGCGUCUGGAUGGAAGUGACAACACCAACGACUUCUGGAGGCUGGUUGACUCGUUAGAGAUCCAACCAAUAGGGAGCUGCGAGAGGAACGGAGACAUGCUGCAGCCACCGCUCGGUUUCAGGAUGAAUGCUUCGUCGUGGCCUAUGUUCCUCCUGAGGACGCUGAGUGGAGCAGAGAUGGCCCCUGCCUCUGCUUUUAAAAAGGAACCAGCCUGCCCGGCCAAAAAUUACUUCCUUCCUGGUAUGAAGCUGGAAGCGGUGGACAGAAAGAACCCUUACCUGAUUUGUCCUGCCACAGUUGGAGAGGUCAGAGGUCAGGAGAUCUUCAUCAUGUUUGACGGCUGGCGAGGGGCCUUUGACUAUUGGUGCCCCUUCGACUCCAGAGACAUCUUCCCCGUCGGCUGGUGUGCUCUGACAAAACACAGCUUGCAGCCACCGGGAAAUUUCUUUACCCUCCCUGGCGCGCUCCUCGCCCCCAUUUCCUCCACCUCGGCCUCCCUCGCUGCACGCCGCUCCUCCUCCAACUCCUCCUCCUCCAUGCAGACCUCAUACCGACUGCCCAACCCCUUGCCGCCCCUGCCUGUGCGCAAGGGCGUCCGGGGUCGUCGACCCAAAUCCCAAACUAUCGCUUUGCUGAAGGCGGCGGCCGAAGCGGCGGCGGCGGCAGCCGUUAAUGGAGCGUCACAGAGCCCCGCCAGAACUGGCUCUCAGGCUCAACUGGCCCCCAGACCACACAAGAAGAGGGGGCCCAAGCCUAAGAUUAAGAAGAAGCCCCAAGUGGUGCAAUCCAUGGGGGCACCAGCAGUUGCAGUUCCACCUCCGGAGACCAGACUGAGCUCCGGAAACGUCCCAGCAGACAACAACCAUAGCAACGGCUCCAAUGUAGUUUGCACAGUGUGUGUCUAUGUAAACAAGCACGGCAACUACGGGCCGCACCUGGACAGGAAGCUGGUGCAGCAGCUCCCGGACCACUUUGGUCCAGCUCCAGUCAACGCGGUGCUUCAGCAGGCCGUCCAGGCGUGUGUGGACUGCACGUACCAGCCCUCGGUGAUGCUGUCCUUCCUGCAGAGCCAGUCCCACACCGGAGGAGAAGUCAUCAGAGUGCGGUCAGAGCAUGGGAUCCGCUACGUGAAGCUGCCCUCCGCCUCCAGCACGUCUUCGGUGCUGCGCUUCCUGGAGAACAUGUGCCUGCAUCUGGAGAGCGACAGCCUGUUCAGCUCGCAGCCAUUCAGCCCUUUCAGCAACAACACACGCUUCUACAACAGGACCAAGUCAGAACCGCUGUCCCAGCCUGAGAAUGGCCUGCCCAACGACAACUCCUCCAAGGAUGCCUCUCCCAGCGCCCGCCCCCCUCACACCGCAUCCGACUACAGAGCAACAAAGAAGGAGCGGCCAUAUUACCCCGGACACACACACACGCCGCCACCUCUGCGCCGCGUCAGCUCCAACCCCACCGACCUCGGCCAGAUGUGUCCGCCCAGACGAGUGGAGGCAGCUAGCUCGACAACAGGCUCAGAUCACCUGAAGCCGGACAAGGAGGCUUCAGGGAACGACGCCUCUUCCUGGUCGGUUGACGAUGUCAUGCGGUUUGUCCAAGAGGCGGACCCCCAAACACUCGGCCCGCACGUCGAACUGUUCAGAAGACACGAGAUCGAUGGCAGAGCUCUGAUGCUGCUGCGCAGUGAUGUCAUUAUGAAGUACAUGGGACUGAAGCUGGGCCCGGCGCUCAAACUCUGUCAUCACAUCGAGAGGCUGAAACAGAUCAAACAGUAGUGGAUGAAGGCCCUCUCGUUGGUCCCUGACAACCAAACGCACAAAAACACGUUUUACUCUGGAGGGAUGUUAGCAGUGUAAAUCCAGGUGAACCAAGGGCGGAGCUUCUGCCGUGGACGCUGAGGUCAAGUGCUCUUCGGGCAUAUCACCAAGACAAACUUAUACAUGGUCAUUAGCCAGUUACAUUGACAGCUUUUAGGCUAACAUAUAAAUAAAUCAACAGACCUGAAAGCAUAAUUACGCAGUUAAGUGAGUAAAUAUUAUAUGAAAAACCAAUGUUGUCAAAAACAUGUGAGAUCUUGAUCUAUAUUUCCGGGUGGCGUUGCAUACAUUACGGUACUCAAGACCUCAUGGUAAAUAAAAUCCCAGCUAAGGCCCUGAUCUGAACAUAUUUGUUUUUUUAUAGUUCCUUCGACAUUCAAAUGGACACAAACGACAUAGAUCCAUUAGUAUCAGAUAUCCCAGCAUUUGUUUCUGGUAGUGUCUUUUUGCCUUAUUGGUGAACAGCCAGAGGACACAAUUGAUCGACCUUUGGCAGACAGAUAUCCAGCUGUCUACAAAAUGUUUUCCCCGGUCAGAAUUUCAGGAUUAACGCUCUCCGCUCGUGAUUGGAAAAGUCCUAUUCAGUUACUGGAAGUUGUUGUUUGGCUGCAUCAUUUCCAACAUUGUAAUUUUAAUUAAGUGUCUGAAUGACUGAGUUAAUGAAAGCUAGUGGAUGUAUGAAUCCAUGAGCAUAAUUACCAACAGGAGUGCCACAGUAAUGUGAAUAAGAGGUUUGAAAGGUUUUAUUUCAAAGAUCUGAGAUCAUCUUUGGGAAUGAUUUCUGUCCUCUAACACUUUGAACAUCAAAUAGUGGGCACCACCUAAAUGAUCUUACCAGGACAAAAAACCUUGAAAAUGGAUUUUAUUUUGAGUCAGUUUGUGGUGCUGUAAGACAUUACAGUUAAAGCACUGUUGUGGCUACAUGAUUGUAAUACGCUUGUACAGUCACCUGUGACAUUACAAUAGAGAUGACUGUACAGAACAUGAAGAGAGAUGAUGGCUAAACUGUUUUGUAUGAAGUCAAGCCAAAAGGGUUUUUUUUAAAUAUAAUUUUGUACUGUGACAAAUCGUAUCAAGUGUAAGUGUAAUCAAUUUUUUUUGCCUGAAAUAUUUUUUUGUAUGCAACAACAAAUAACUAAAUGCAGGAUAAAGCUGUGUCUGAGUAAUUAAUCACGAGUUUCAAAGUAUUAAUCUCUUUUAAUUAAUACAUAUUUUCUGAACAUUUCAGAACCCUUUUCAAACCAAAUCAUUUGUGUUAUAGCUGCAUUUCACACUGUUGCUCCACUUUAGUGGUGACAAGUUGAUUCUUAAUGUGAAACUCAGGUUUUAGUAGGGGUUGUUUUGUAGAUGUUUUACAUCUCUGGCAUGUUGUGUUCAUUGCUACAACGUAGAUGGAUUGCACAAUAACAACUAUGUAUAUUUUCUAUGCCUUGUCAUCGAUCGCGCUGUCUGUAGCCUUUCAUGUGUAAAUAUGCAACUUUUUACUGUAAGUUCAACAAAAAAUGGUUCGUGAAUAUGUUUGAUAUGCAUUCACAUGAUAAAACAUUUGUUUACAUCCUCUAA